AUGGCGGCGCCCUCGGGGAAGGCCGCAAUGGAGCGGCACCAGUCGAUCGACGCGCAGCUGCGGCUCCUCGUCCCCGGCAAGGUCUCCGAGGACGACAAACUCGUCGAGUACGACGCCCUCCUCGUCGACCGCUUCCUCGACAUCCUCCAGGACUUGCACGGCCCCCACCUCCGCGAAUUCGUGCAGGAGUGCUACGAGCUCUCGGCGGAGUACGAAACCGAUCGGGACGAGGCCCGGAUAGGCGAGCUCGGGGGCAAGCUCACCAGUCUGUCCCCCGCUGACUCCAUCGUCGUCUCCAGCUCGUUCUCGCACAUGCUCAACCUCGCAAACCUGGCCGAGGAGGUGCAGAUCGCGUUCCGCCGCCGGAGCAAGCUCAAGCGGGGGGACCUCGGUGACGAGGCAUCAGCGCCCACCGAGUCUGACAUCGAGGAGACACUCAAGCGGCUGGUCUCCGAGCUCGGAAAGUCCCGUGAGGAGGUGUUCGAUUCACUCAAGAACCAGACUGUCGAUCUUGUGUUCACAGCGCACCCCACGCAAUCCGUCAGGAGGUCCCUGCUCCAGAAGCACGGGAGGAUCCGAAAUUGCCUGCGGCAGUUGUAUGCAAAGGAUAUCACUGCCGAUGACAAGCAGGAGCUCGAUGAGGCUCUGCAGAGGGAGAUUCAAGCUGCCUUCCGAACCGAUGAAAUCCGCAGGACACCUCCCACUCCUCAGGAUGAAAUGCGUGCCGGAAUGAGUUAUUUCCAUGAAACUAUAUGGAAGGGUGUACCAAAAUUCUUGCGCCGGAUUGACACUGCUUUGAAAAAUAUUGGGAUUAAUGAGCGUCUUCCUUACAACGCUCCUCUCAUUCAGUUCUCCUCCUGGAUGGGUGGUGACCGUGAUGGAAAUCCAAGGGUUACACCGGAGGUCACACGUGAUGUUUGCUUGUUAGCAAGGAUGAUGGCUGCUAACUUGUACUUCUCUCAGAUAGAAGAUCUGAUGUUUGAGCUUUCUAUGUGGCGCUGCAGUGAUGAACUUCGGGUCCGUGCAGAUGAACUACAUCGUUCCUCAAAAAAAUCUGCAAAGCACUAUAUAGAGUUCUGGAAGCAAGUUCCUUCAAAUGAACCUUAUCGUGUCAUACUCGGUGAUGUCAGGGAUAAAUUGUAUUAUACGCGCGAACGUUCUCGCCAUAUAUUGACAACUGGAGUUUCUGACAUUCCUGAGGAGUCUACUUUUACUAAUGUCGAGAUGUUUCUCGAGCCUCUUGAGCUAUGCUACAGAUCUUUGUGUGCUUGUGGUGACAAACCUAUAGCUGAUGGAAGCCUUCUUGAUUUCUUGCGUCAAGUAUCAACUUUUGGGCUUGCUCUUGUGAAACUUGAUAUCAGGCAGGAAUCUGAUCGACACACUGAUGUCCUUGAUACUAUAACAACACAUCUUGGGAUCGGAUCCUACGCUGAAUGGUCUGAGGAGAAACGCCAGGAGUGGCUGUUGUCCGAACUAAGGGGCAAACGCCCAUUGUUCGGUUCAGAUCUUCCUCAGACUGAAGAAGUUGCUGAUGUUUUAGGCACAUUUCAUAUCCUUGCUGAGCUUCCAGCAGAUUGUUUUGGUGCUUAUAUCAUCUCAAUGGCAACUGCCCCAUCCGAUGUGCUUGCUGUUGAGCUUUUACAGCGUGAGUGCCAUAUAAAAAAGCCAUUGAGAGUUGUUCCACUAUUUGAGAAGCUUGCAGAUCUUGAAGCCGCUCCAGCAGCGGUUGCACGCCUAUUUUCAGUAGACUGGUAUAUGGAUAGGAUCAAUGGCAAACAGGAGGUCAUGAUUGGAUACUCAGACUCUGGCAAGGACGCUGGGCGUCUCUCUGCAGCGUGGCAAAUGUAUAAAGCACAGGAAGAGCUCAUAAAGGUUGCAAAGCAUUACGGAGUAAAGUUGACAAUGUUUCAUGGAAGAGGUGGAACGGUUGGCAGAGGAGGGGGUCCCAGUCAUCUUGCCAUAUUAUCUCAACCACCAGACACAAUACAUGGAUCACUCCGUGUAACGGUUCAAGGCGAGGUCAUAGAGCACUCGUUUGGAGAGGAACACUUGUGCUUUAGAACUCUGCAGCGCUUCACUGCAGCUACUCUCGAGCAUGGAAUGCAUCCCCCAAUUUCACCCAAGCCAGAAUGGCGUGCUCUAAUGGAUGAGAUGGCUGUUGUGGCAACAAAAGAGUAUCGAUCAAUAGUCUUCCAAGAACCACGCUUUGUUGAAUACUUCCGCUCGGCAACACCUGAGACUGAAUAUGGUCGGAUGAAUAUUGGCAGCCGGCCAUCGAAGAGAAAGCCUAGUGGGGGCAUAGAAUCACUCCGUGCAAUUCCAUGGAUCUUUGCUUGGACACAGACAAGGUUUCAUCUUCCUGUAUGGCUUGGGUUUGGUGCAGCAUUUAAACAUAUCAUUCAGAAGGACAUCAGGAACAUCCAUACUCUGAAAGAAAUGUACAAUGAGUGGCCAUUCUUCAGGGUCACCCUUGACUUACUUGAGAUGGUUUUUGCCAAGGGAGAUCCAGGAAUUGCUGCUUUAUAUGACAAAUUGCUUGUGGCUGAAGAUCUGCAGUCCUUUGGGGAACAGUUGAGACAAAACUUUGAAGAGACAAAACAGUUACUCCUUCAGGUAAAGUGCUUGGUCACAAGGACGUUCUUGAAGGGGAUCCUUACCUAA